CAAAAACGUCACUGCGGCUUGAUUUCUUCGUAAGAAGAAAAAAAUGAAAAAAGUGGACAAGUAUUGAAGUGAUGUGACUUACGGUGGCACAUCGGGGCUUUUUUCCUGGAUUUUCUUCUCCGUGGAAAAACAAUAAAACGUGCAACAUGAACCGAUCGGAGCUAAUCUUUAUCUGCUGUCUCUGUUCCUGCUUUGGCCUGCUGGUGGCCUUCCCGGAGCAGGGCAAAUGGGACUUCGUGCUGUCGAUGGAUGGUCGUUACAUGCCGAUUCCGAAGUCGGUCUUUGCUGGCUUCAAAAUCUAUACGCAGAUUAACUGCGAACCGGAAGACAAACAAUUACCAUCAAUACCGCUGAAAAUUUCUUGGGAUUUACUGGAGCUAAAAUGUUGGGAGGAAUACGUUCGGAAUUCCUACAAUCCACAGUACGAAGCAUUCUUCUCAUCGCCAAACCAGUCGAAGGUCAGUGCGGGUCCCUACGAGGAGAAAUGUACCCGGGGAGGGCACAUUAGUUUGCCGGAGCUAAAGCUGAAGGAACCCAGCGUGAAGUCGAAGGAACCAGUCGAACAAGCGGAUAUUAAUGGAAAGUCUCGUCGAGAAACGCAGGGAGUAACUGAACCGAAGCCGAUUUUCACCAUCACCAAAGAUGGGUUGUACAUUUUCAUACUCAGAAUUGAGUCGGAUGUAAAAUUUCAGGCUCGUGUUCAUGUGGAGAUGAAAUCCGACAGGGGUUAUCUAUCUGCGGUGGAUUGGCCACUUUUGCCGUUCUACGGCACGAUGUGUCUGGUGUACGUGGUUCUCGGCAUAAUCUGGCUUACAGUGUCGUUUCUGCAGUGGCGUGAUCUGCUACGCAUUCAGUUCUGGAUCGGCGGAGUCAUCCUGCUGGGCAUGCUGGAGAAGGCCAUGUUCUACGAAGAAUAUCAGAACAUCAACUCGACCGGAGUGUCAGUCAAAGGAAUGGUCCUGUUUGCCGAGUGGGUUUCCUGUGGAAAGCGAACACUGGCCCGGAUGUUAGUGAUAAUCGUUUCACUUGGAUUUGGAAUUGUGAAACCUCGCUUGGGGCCAAUGCUGCAUCGUGUUGUUGGAACUGGUGCACUGUACUUAGUGCUUGCCUGUGUCGAAAGCUUCCUACGAAUAAUGCACACCAAAAACGACCAGCUGCUAGUGGCUAGCAUUCCGUUAGCCGUACUAGAUUCAGCCAUUUGUUGGUGGAUUUUCACGUCGCUCGUGCAGACCACCAGAACAUUGCGGUUGCGAAGAAACAUGGUCAAACUAUCGCUGUACCGACACUUUACAAACACGCUGAUCUUCGCGGUGCUGGCGUCGGUUAUAUUUAUGCUGUACUCGAUCAAAGCGCACCGGCUUACCGAGUGCCUAUCGGACUGGAAGGAGCUGUGGGUAGAUGACGCCUUUUGGCAUGUUCUGUUCUCCACGCUGCUGCUCGUAAUUAUGAUUCUAUGGCGACCAACUAACAACAACCAACGGUAUGCAUUCACGCCACUGCUGGACAACCCCGAGGAUGAAGAUGAUGAUGAGGAAGAGCAGUUUGUGUCCGAUGCGUACGGUGUCAAGAUGCGGGGAGCGCGCAGUGCAUCGCCGAAACCGAACGCAAAAAGUCCGACCACCGAGGAGGAUGACCUCAAGUGGGUGGAGGAAAAUAUACCGGCCGCGAUUGCCGAGGCUGCCCUGCCGGUACUUGAUUCGGACGAGGAGAUCGUCAACACCAAGUUUGAGGUGUCGAAAAUGCAAUAAGGCGGAGCAAUCGCCGCGCGCCGUUUAGAGCAAAUAUGAACUUUCUUCCGCAGAGACUGCACAGACUGUUGGACCGAAACUUCUCCUUUUUAGCGGUAGGUUUUAGUGGAUGGCUUUUAACCAGUAGCAGACAGGAUAGACAAAAAGAAAGAAAAGCAAACGCGCUAGUCAAAGUGUGGGAAACGAAAAUUAUUAGGUUUGAAUUUAUUUUUCACUUUGGUAUUCAAUUUCGUGCAUCUACGUUCGUCCAGAUUAGUAUUUCUCCUAACAUUUCCUUUUGUUUUUAGUACAUUAUCGAACGUGAACUUCUUGCCGAGUGAAGCCUAAGAGAAGUAACUGCUGUUUACCGCGUCAGUCGCUAAUGAUGUUAGAGCCUAGUUGUAGUUUAAUUCAGUCGAGAUUCCGACUGAAGCUGAUUCGCAGUACUAUUCCUAUCCAUUUCAAUUAGGAUACUUGCAAACUUAACGACUGGUUGGGUGUUUAACCAAUAGUGGACCUAGGAUAGCGGUGAAGUGCAAGAAGCUUAAAGUCUUGUAUCGAUGAAUUUAAUUAGACAAAAGCAGAACUAUUGUAUGCCGUGAGGAUGAAAAAAAAAAAAACGGUUAACUUUAUGACAUACCUUACUGCUUACAGUUUUAGAGCAGUUUGUUUAAAAUAUAUAAAUAGAGUUUCAUUUCUCCUGUAUAUAGCAAACCGGAUACGUCGUAGUGAUCAGUAUGAAUAAAAUGAACAAAUAAA